GGUUUAGACCUCCUUCAAGUUAGUACUUCCAUUGUCGCAUGAUAUGUCAAACCGUCUGCGUGCUCUCUCGCUGUACAAGGAGCUGCAGAGGCUAGGAAAAGAUUAUCCAGAUCCCUCAUACGAUUUCAAAGCUAGAGUUCGGCGGAUGUUCGAGAAAAACCGAAACCUGACCGACGAUGCAGAGAUCGAGAAGGCCAUUAAGUUUGGCGAAUAUAUCAAGGAAGAAACCCUCGCUUUAUACUCUCUCCGAAAAUAUAGGCAUCUCAAGCGAAUGUACCCAGACUCAAUACCCAGUCCGGGUAAUGAGCCCCCUGUGACUUAAUACGACUUGCUACGGAAGAUUUGCGGAAGAUGUGAUAAUUGAACUUGUAUAUUAGAUCGUGGUACCUCAGAAGUGUACAACCGCAUACCCUAACAACUGUAUAUCAGGCCUCAGGCACCGAACAACUUUCUACUUCUUCCAAGCCC